AUGCUGUCCACUGGAAAACCUCUCCGAUUAGCCUUCCUGGGCUGCGGCCACAUUGGAAAAGCCCUACUAGGCGCUGUAUUGCCAACCGUAUCCCCCACCAGCCGUAUAUCCCAAAUCACAGUCUCGCAGCACCACAAAGAGGCCCAGGCAGACCUGCAGCGCCAAUUUCGAGACAGUCUCCACAAGGUGAACUUCGUCCACCAGCAGAACAUCGAGGCCGUCAAGAAUUCAGACGCCGUCUUGCUAGCCUUCCCCCCAAACCGAAUCCACGAUGUCCUGGGAGAAGAAGGCAUGCGCGAGAGCCUCAAGAAUAAAAUUGUCAUCAGCAUCCUGGCGCGCACGCCGAGGGAGAAAGUACAAAGUACCUUCCGCGGAGCACAGUUUACAAAUGAAUACGGAUCCUCCAAGAGUCAGAAUGAGCUUCGAAUUGUACGCGCAAUGCCCACCAUUGGAGCAGGCAUCCACGAAUCCGCCACCCUGAUCGCCAACCCUGCUACUGAAAGUCCAGCGGAGCGUGAAGCCGUAGACUUCGCAGCAGACCUUUUCCGUAACCUCGGCCGCGUCUUCCGAAUUCCGAAUGACUACUUCGAUGCUGCGACCGGGAUGAGCGCUGCUACGAAUGCCCUUACAACCGUUGCCGUCCAGGCGAUCGUGCAGAGCGCUGCUGCUCAUGGGGUUCCCACUGAGCAUGCUGUUGGUAUCGCCUCGCAGUGUGUUCGGGGUACAGCUAGCAUUAUGCUGUCUGGCGUUGGGCCUGAUGAGCUGGAGCACUCAUUGUCUACUCCAGGCAGUAUCACUGAGCAGGCAAUUUCUGGGUUCAAGGAUGGGGAGAUUAGUGCAGUGCUUGACCGGGUGAUUUCUGUUGCUGUAGCUAAGUCGAAGGAUCAUACGGCGUGA